AGUAUAUUAUCAUAUUGAGCAUGGAGGGAGGAGUAUUCAUCAUGAGGUUUCUUUUUCUGUUUUCUUUAGUAAUACUACUCCAUAAUGUUGAUAAAAUAUAUGCAGCUGAACUCAACACUAUUACAUAUUCAAGCCACUUAACAAAUGGAGACACUCUCGUCUCGCCACGAGGAAUUUUCGAACUAGGAUUCUUCCGACCCAAUUCUGAGACAAAAUUUCUUGGAAUUUGGUACAAAAACAUGUCUGUUCAAAUAGUGGUUUGGGUGGCUAAUAGAGAAUACCCGCGUCCUAAAUCAUCAGUAGAUGUGUUACGGAUUUCAGAUAAGGGAGAUCUAGUCCUCAUAAGAGAUACCACUAAUGAAACCAUUUGGUCCUCAUCAAACACUAAUACAGGAUCAAGAAAUACAACUGCGAAGCUUCUCGAUACUGGCAACUUGGUUGUCAUGGACGAUACCGAUUCCAAGGUUUUGUGGCAGAGUUUUGAUAAUCCAACUGAUACUCUUUUACCUGGCAUGAAGCUAGGGGAAGAUUAUGAAAAAAAAAUAGAGUGGAUUCUCUCAUCAUGGAAGACUAGUCAGGAUCCCGCCCCAGGUGAUUUCACCUGGGGCGUGGACAGAGGCAAUUAUCCUCAAAAUAUACUAAAGAAAAACGGGGUGAAGAUAUUCCGGGCUGGACCAUGGCGUAAGGAACGGCUUGUUGGGAACUUUAACUUUACAUUCAAUAUAGUUAUUAGUGAAAAGGAAGUGUCUUUAACAUUUAAUCUUGAAAACAAUACUAUCCCAUCAAGGGUCAUCUUGAAUUCUACAGGACAGCUAGAAAGUUUUAUGUGGGCCGAAGAUGCAAGAAAAUGGCUGCCUACUGUGUCAUUACCUAGAGAUAUAUGUGAUACAUACAAUACAUGUAAUGCUUAUGGAAGCUGCAGUGUUAAUACGACCACAAAUAAGCCCUCUUGUGCUUGCAUGGAUGAGAAAAGAUUUGUUCCUGAAUACGAAGAGAAUUGGGAAACACCGACUGGAUGGACAGAUGGAUGUGUCAGAAGAACGUCGUUGAAUUGUCAUAGUAAUGGGCAAUCAGACGACGGGUUUACGAAUUACACUAAUGUGAAGUUGCCAGAUACGCAGAGUUCUUGGUUCAAUACGAGUAUGACCAUGGAGGAAUGUAGAACUCAUUGCCUAAAGAAUUGUAGUUGCAUGGCUUACGCAAAUAUAGAAAGCAGCGGUGCCGGAUGCUUGAUUUGGGUGAAUGAUCUUAUGGACAUCAGAGUGUUUCCCGAAGGCAGUGGAUCUGGCCGAGAUAUUUUUGUAAGAAUGGCUUCUUCGGAAUUAGUUAUUUCCAAAGAAAAGAGAGGAGCAAACGUUAGAGCUAUCUUACUUAUCAUAUUUGCUGUGGUUCUUGUUAUAGCACUCAUAUCUACAUGGUGUAUAUAUGCAUGGAUUAAAAGGAAGGGGGGAUUGUGGAAUGCUUAUGAAAGGCACGAUGAAGCCAUGGAACUACCAUUACUUAGCUUUACUACAAUAGCUAAUGCAACGGCUAGAUUUUCACUUGACAAUAAACUUGGAGAGGGUGGAUUUGGAACCGUUUUUAAGGGUCAUCUAGACGAGGGGAUAGAAAUCGCAGUCAAGCGUCUCUCCAAGUCUUCCAGCCAAGGAGUAAAUGAGUUUAAGAAUGAAGUCAUAUGCGUUUCAAAACUUCAACACCGCAAUCUUGUAAAGCUUCUUGGCUGCUGCAUAAAAGGAAACGAGAAGCUUUUGGUUUAUGAAUACAUGCCAAAUGGAAGCUUAGACUCAUUUAUAUUCGAUAAAAGAAAAGGCAUGCUUCUUGAUUGGACAAAGCGCUUCAAUAUUAUCAUGGGAAUUGCUCGAGGACUUGUCUACUUGCAUCGAGAUUCACGACUAAGAAUCAUCCAUAGAGAUCUUAAAGCUAGCAACAUUCUACUGGAUGAGGACAUGAACCCAAAAAUAUCAGACUUUGGCGUAGCUAGAAGUUUUGGUGGAAACGAGACCCAAGCUAACACAGAACGAGUUGUAGGCACAUAUGGUUACAUGUCCCCGGAGUAUGCUCUAGAAGGUGUUUUCUCGAUAAAGUCAGAUGUAUUUAGCUUUGGUGUUUUGGUACUGGAGAUUUUGAUUGGGAAAAGAAAUAGGGGAUUAAUCCAACCAGAGAACGAAAAUAAUCUUAUCGGACAUGCAUGGCUCUUAUACAAGGAAGGGAGGUUAAUGGAAUUGAUUGAUCCAACUUUAGUUGAAUCUUGUCGACCACCCGAAGUUUUGAGGUCAAUCGAAGUUGGGUUGUUAUGUGUUCAGCAUAGUCCUGAAGAAAGGCCAAACAUGUCGAAUGUAAUUCGGAUGUUGGCAGGUGAAGGUGCAGUGCCUCAACCUAAGGAGCCGGCGUUUUUCACCGAGAAGGAUGAUCACUGGCUUGUAGGUGAAUUCUCUUCAAGCACUAAUUGUGGAGCAAGUACAAUCAAUCAUGUUCCUAUUACAAAGUCAAUUAGGCAAUAACAAGUAUAUAUAUUUAUAGCCCCUGUAUGAUAUUAUAGUUUCAACUGAUCACUAAUAUGGAUCAGAAAUGAACUUGAUAUUAUUUACGUGUAAAUUGGUAUCGCUAGUUGUUGAUUAGGCCCUUACCCAUACAUGUGUUAAAUUGAAAAACUUACUUUUUCUAA